AACAACCGACGCGACGCAGACACUAGAACGGAAACAGAACCAAGUAGUCGGAAGAGCGUGUAGUGAUCUAAUGUUAGCGCAGAGAAAGUGAUUGUAUUCUGAAAAUGUCAGCAACAGGGAGUUUUCAGUCAGUGACACAUGUGCUAUUCGACAUGGAUGGACUACUGUUAGAUACGGAGAGGCUCUACACAGUCUCGUUCCAGGAAAUAUGUGACCGUUUUGGAAAGAAAUACACAUGGGAGAUCAAGUCAUCAGUAAUGGGCAAAAAAGCACUUGACGCUUCACGUAUCAUUCGAGAUGCUCUGGACAUUCCCAUGACUCCCGAGGAACUUCUUUCUGAAAGUAGAAAAAUACAAGAAAGGAUAUUUCCAUCAGCCGAACUGAUGCCAGGUGUGGAAAAACUCAUCCAUCACCUGCACAGCCACAACAUCCCCAUGGCGGUGGCGACGAGCUCUGCGGGACUGACAUUCGAGAUGAAGACCAGCCGACAUAAAGACUUCUUCAGCCUCUUCAGUCACAUUGUGCUCGGAGACGACCCAGAUGUGAAGAAUGCCAAGCCGCAGCCAGACUCCUUCUUGGUCUGUGCCAGCAGAUUCAACCCUCCAGCUCCCCCAGAGAAGUGCCUGGUGUUCGAGGACGCGCCGAACGGUGUGCUGGCGGGCCGUGCAGCGGGAAUGCAGGUGGUCAUGGUCCCCGACGACAACCUGGACCGCAGCUUGACCAAGGAGGCCUUGCUGGUGCUGAGGACCAUGGAGGACUUCAAACCCCAACUCUUCGGCCUGCCCGCCUACAGCUGAGCUCACUGUCUGUGUGUGAUAAAGCCUUGUGCCAGCCAGCAGGUUAUUCUGCUCAACUUUUCUGUUGGGAUAACAAUUGGUUUAAUUUGGUUGUUCACCUGGGUUAAAUUGCGGAAUCGUUUUGGAUUCAAAUACUUGAUGAUUUACAGAUUUUGUCCGGUGUAUUGGAACUAAUGAAAUACUCUCAAAAAAUACAACCCACGCCUUCUGGUUCUCUUUCUUGGCUCAAUUACAUUAAUGGCAAUUGCACCAGGCAAGAUCAAUCGAGCACAAAAAAUCAUUUGAAUCCAAAGCGAUUAUUUAUUUGGCCCAUGUGUGUUGUUCACUAGGUUUAAUUUCUGUAUUACCUCAAAUCAAAUGUGGAUCAUUGUAAAACUUGUAAUUUUAAUUGUCAUUUUUACUUGAUGGUAAAUUGUAGUUGGUUGCAGAUCGUUGUACUCUGCCUUCACCAUUGAUCUGAUGUCUUAAGAUACACAUCCUGCUCCUGGCAGCUCCUGCGUACCUCAGAUGAACUCAUAAGACCUACAUCCCUGGGGUUCUACUCUAUAUGGGGCCACACUAUGGUAGUAUCCUGUAUAAAAUAGAACGCAUUAA